CUGGACAAGGGCCUACUACGAGUGGGUGGCAGAUUGCAGCAGUCGGAGUUGCCGUUCGAGACCCAACACCAACUUCUCCUCCCGAAGCAUCGCGUUACCAACCUGAUCGUUCGAGCGUAUCACGAAGAGCACCUGCACGCGGGGCCAUCGGCCUUGCUUGCGACGCUGAGGAGGCGGUUCUGGCUGAUCGACGGACGGUCGACAGUCCGGAGCGUUACAAGGAGCUGCGUGACGUGCUUCCACGCGAAGCCUCGCGGCUCGAGCCAACUGAUGGGACGGUUGCCGUCCUGCCGUGUGACGCAAGCCCUCCCGUUUGAAGAGGUCGGCGUAGAUUACGCCGGGCCCAUUUUCGUCAAGGUAGGAACCCGAAAGCCGCAACUCGUGAAGGCCUACUUCGCGGUGUUCGUGUGCAUGUCGACCAAGGCCGUCCACCUGGAGCUAGUCUCGGACCUCACGACCGAGGCAUUCUUGGCCGCCCUCCAGCGCUUCGUGAGCCGACGCGGCGUGCCUCGCACGAUCCAUUCCGACAACGGGACGAAUUUCAAGGGGGCCAAGGCGGAGUUGCACGAGCUGUUCCUGCUGUUCAACCAGCGUGCGUUCAACGACCAGAUAGCGACCUACUGCCAACCGAAGGAGAUCACCUGGUCGUUUAUCCCUCCGGGGGCGCCGAAUUUCGGUGGCCUCUGGGAGGCGGCUGUAAAAAGCACGAAAUACCAUCUCAAGCGCAUCCUCAAGAACGCACAACUCACCUUCGAGCAGUACGCCACUGUUCUCGCGGAGGUCGAGGCGGUGCUAAAUUCGCGGCCCUUGUUCGCUACGUCGGCGGACCCCGCGGAUCCGCAAGUUCUGACGCCGGGACACUUCCUGAUUGCGCGACCCCUUACGGCCAUCCCGGAACCAGUCUACGAGGGGACACCCACCAACCGGCUGUCGAAGUGGCAGCACCUGCAACUCCUGCGCGAACAGUUUUGGCGAACCUGGAAGCGCGACUACCUGACGAGCCUCCAGCCGAGAGGCAAGGACAACAAGGAGAAGCCGAACGUGCGUCCGGGAAUGGUGGUUUUGCUGGAAGAAAAGGACGCGCCGCCACUACAGUGGAAGAUGGGAAUUAUCCAGCAAACUUACCCGGGACCAGAUGGAUUCGUACGCACAGCGGACGUGAAGGUUGGUGGAACAGUCGUCCGGCGUCCGAUCACCAAGCUAUCCGUCCUCCCGAUUGAGGACAACGAGCAGACUGCAGACCACGGAGCGAUUCCUGCUGGGACUUCUCCCCAGCCCGGGGGGAGGAUGUUGGCUGCUUGACGGAUCGAGCUGAUUUGGCAGCACUGGUCGAGCGCCGCAGCCAGAUUGCUACGAUCGGUUUUCCCACCUUGCACAACCUCGGCGCGCAACGGCGGCCGUUGUGCGCGACGACGAAGAAGGAGAAGAGGAGAGAACGACGCUCGGCGCCAUCUUUUUUCAUCACUCGCUUACAAGUGCUCGCGGAAACAACACGUUCUUUACGCUUUAGUUUAAUUAGUUUUAAUAAAGUAGUGUUAAAG